CGUGGCAGGCUAGAUGUAGAUAAGAUACCUAUGAUCCGCACCCACACCGUGCCACACGAGCCUUGAAAUAUGAGAGGGGCGCGGUAUCCCAAUCCUGACGAGGAGAGGAAGGUGGUGGAUUAUCUCGACGGCAAGAUACGUACUCACGUCGCCGACUAUUCAAGUGGACCGUAUGCGUCCCCGUGGUUCUGCUUUAUUAAGCCUAACGAGACGCUGCGGUGGGUGCAGGAUUUGCAAAGACUGAAUGAAGUGACAGUGCGAGAUGCUGGAGGACUGCCGAAUGCAGACGCGCUGUCAGAAUCCUGUGCUGGAAGGCCUAUAAUUUCGCUUAUAGACCUUUACUCAGGAUACGAUCAGUUCCCAGUMUACCCGCCGGAUAGGCCGGUGACAACUAUGCACACACCGCGGGGAUUAGUCCACAUGAAUGUGGCCCCACAAGGGUGGACCAACGCAGUAGCAAUGGUCCAACGAGCCAUGAUUCGGGCCAUGCAGUCAGUCAGCCCCCAUAUCACACAGCCAUACAUUGACGAUUUGGCAGUGAAGGGGCCGGCGAUGAAAGAGAGCGACGAAGUCUCACCAGGGGUAAGGCGCUUUGUCCGGAAGCUCAUUCAGGACCUCGAAAAGGUCCUGAACCUGCUCGAAGAGCAUAACCUCACGGCAAGCGGGGCCAAAUCCAGACACUGCAUGAGGGAAGCAACUAUCUUGGGGAUAGUCUGCAAUGAGGAGGGCCGAAGGUCGGAUGUGAAAAAGACGGACAAGAUUACUGAGUGGCCAGUUCCGUUCCACUCAAUAACUGAUGUCAGNUGGGGAAGUACGCCGCUAGUAGCCGGACCGCAAACGAGUAUGCCGCCACCCAUCUACCCCGCGGCCCAGGCCCAACCUGUGGCCCCGCCACCGCCACCUGAUCCCAGUUCACAGGGCAGUGUUGUAGGGGGUGGGAACCAGGGGCAGGACAAUCAAGGCAGCGGAGGGAGGGGUGGAGGGAAGGGGCGAGGCAGGAAUGACGGCGGAAGAGGGAGGCAAUGGAAUGGUCAAGGCCAAGGGGGUCAAGGCCAAGGGAGUCAGGGCCAGGGGUACCAAGGCCAGGGCUAUCAAGGCCAGGGGGAUCAGGGAAGUCAGGGGUAUGGAAGACCCCGCUUUGACUGGAGGGCGGCCAUCUGUCAACAUUGUGACCAGCAAGGCCACACUAUAAGGUUCUGUAAUAUAAGAUGGGAAGACGAGAGAAGCGGGCUGAUUUCCUCUACUAURGAUGGGGAUAUCUACGAUCAAUUUGGGGAGGCCAUUGACAGAAGGCUUGGAGGAGUGAGAGCUGAAGCCCAACGAAGAGCGGCAGCGGGACCACCGCCCCCUGCCAUGUUCAGGCUAUGGCAGGAAAAGGAGGAACCACCGUUUGGGGUGGAAGAAGUGGGAAGUGAUGAGGAAGUGACUCAAGGGCUACGAGGAGGAAGUGAGACAGAAGAGGCCAUAAUCAUCGAGUCAGAUGACGAGGAGGAGGAGAAAAAAAAGAAGCCUCCGUCCGUCUUAUUUGAGAAGAUGAAGGACUUGCUGGAUAAGAUGGGGAGGUACCAACAGAAGUUGGUGGGUCUCUGUAAAGAAGUGAAAGGAUGGAGGUCUAACAUCCCCACAGUAUUCCUCUAUGACUCUGGCUCGGAGUCAGCACCUGGGCGACCCGGAGAAGGGGAGGCGGUGGAGAAUACGCCCCCAGUUGAUGGAUUUCUAGAUCAGGAAGAAGAUGUUCGUCUUCAUAUCAACAAAUGGUCGCCGCGAGUACCUAGCUGUGUAGGCUAUCCUAUCUGGCAAGCGCCGAAGGGGUAUGAAAGGAGGAAUGAGUUAGUCCUUAAGCCCUUUAAAGAAGAGGAUCCCUGGAGCGGUAAGGAUGUUCAGUGGAUGAUGGAAUUAGCGUUGGCCAGCUCGCAUAGCCUGGUGGAGGAUAUAAGGACGAUUGAGGAAGGACCUGGCCAGGUAAAACGGCAUGAGGACUUGAUUGGAGGAAUGUAUCUCCUCGUCAAUACGUUAUUGCAGGAAAGCCUAGACCAGUCAGGCUCGUUGAGCUCGGCAGGGAAUGUGGACGAAAUACCCGAGAACCAGGACGACGAGUUCGAAAAAGGGAAAAUUAAGGAGGCUUUUCGUGCAGAGGAGUACGACGGGAUCUACCUAGAGCUGGCGCUUCUUCUGUCAUGUGAAAUGCGGCUAAGAGAUGCGAGCGAUAGGGCUCAAAGGAUGCUGCAAUGCUACUUAGUGCGAGACGGUCACCUUUUUGUGAGAAAGGAAGUGGGGAAUCCCAGGAGGGUCGUCUGCGGUAGGAAUCGUCAGAUCGACGUCGUAGCAGCACUACACGAUGGCAUUGCAGGAGGGCAUCGAGGGGUACAAGCCACAUAUGCCAAGAUAAGUGAGUCUGACUUUACGAAGACAGCCAUGCCAAGAGGAGGGAAGGGGACGCGGCCGCCUCAGAGGCCGUUGGGCGCAACAGGAGGAUAUGAGCAGCAUGGGCCUCGCCAUCGAGAGAGUACUCCAGUCUUCAAUGAUGGGGACAUCGAGCUAUUCCUGGACAGUUUCUGGGAGCAUGCGAGGCGUAUGGGCUGGACCGUCACUCAGGCGAUUGAGAGAUUGAAGGGAGCAGGUAGGUUCGAAGAGCCCAUUGCCAGGAUUCGUAGGGAGGUGACGACGAGGCAGGAGGUGGAGAUAAGGACGGAGGAGUUGCGACCCUCGCAUGUGGGACCUGAUGGCAGGCCGAUCCGCCUGGAAAUUGGAAAUGCGUCGGACUUCAUCCCCGCGUUUGAGUGGUUCAUGCAAGAGCAGGGCAUACAGAGAGAUGACUGGAUGCGGACACUACCACUCUGGACCAGGAAGGCGGAAAGGCCACUGGCUAUGCARAUCAGGGACAUGGCACGAGAUUGGGAGAGUUGCAGGGCACAUUUGAGAGAGGCCUUUCGACGACCAGAGCUCCCUCAGCCCAGAGUCGAGAGGCGGCAGAGGAGUCAGAGGCUGAGGGACGCUGAGCCCAGGGAGGCGAGACCAUCUCGAGGAGGACGGAAGGCCCUAGCCAGAAGAGAGCAGGAGUCAGAGGAUGAGGAGCGAGGGGCAUACCCUUAACCAGAGAGCAGCCGGCAGGGAGAGCAGAGGCAGCCAGGACAGGGAUUGCCAGGACAGCCAUCUACGACAGAGCCUCGCCAGGAGCCGCCUAUGGGGAGAGUUAUCCUGGAGCUAGAGGAGGCGAGAGCCCAGAGACAGGCAGAGAGAGAGGCGUUUGAGUUUAAAGCCCCUACUGAGCUCGCGACGCUGCCGGUGACGGCGACAGGCCCGGUCGUACCUUUGGCAGUAGAGGAGGGGCUGCCACCAUCUAGCAGUGAGCCGGCUCAGGGCUCGGCAGAGGGAUCUAUGGGCGUGCUCCUUGAGACGGUGCAUACUAUGCGGGAGGAGGUGAGUUUGUUUUCACCUGAGCAGAGGAUAGAGGAGCCUUUUGAGAGAGAGAUGGGGAUUGAGGAGGAGGGUGCCAUCGAGGGCAGACUCCAGAGGAUAGGCACACCUGAGUAUGGACCAGAGGAGAUUGAGGAGCAGCCCACGGCAGUGCCAGGGGCGACACUCGAGAAGAGGCCUCAGAGGUUGGACACGCCCGAGUACGUCCCAGCGACAGAGGAUUUGAGAGGCAGGCUAGGAUCUUGGGCUAUUGGAUCUGGGUCUAGUGGACCGGUUCCGGGGACAGAGCGGCAAGAAGUCGUUGGUACUGCAGCUCCUCAAGCAGAGCAGCAGGGGGUUAUCAGUACCUUGGCAGGAUCUCCUUCAUCACCACCUCCUCAGCCCAGGAAGAGGAAGUUCAAGAGGAAGGUUGAUCAACUAUGUUUCUACUGCAAGAGGAGCGCGCAUCAUGCUUUGGACUGUCUCGAGUUUCUUAAGGAUAAGGCAGCAGGGAAGAUCUCAGAGGUAGGGGAUAAAAUGUAUGAUAGACAGGGUAGGAUAGUAGAGAAGUCCGCAGAUGGACUUAGGGCUCAGUUAUAUAGGCAAAACCAGGAGGAGUUGAGGAGGUAGGGCUCGGUUUUGUCUAUAUAAGUGAGCGAGCAUUUUGUGGGGUAUCAACUUAGGUUCUGUGUGAUACCCGUUUUUGACUUAGA